GUAUUUCUGGGUUUCCUGGAAUGAGCUGGUUCAGUCAACGGCACAUGAUUUACAUUGUUGCAGAGCCUUGGCUCCAAGCUGAGCUCCCUCUGUGUGCCAAUGAGAUCCCCUUUCUGUAUAAAUAGUCAGAGGCUCAUGCCAGUAUUCAUCAGCAGAGUGAUUGUGGGAGAUUAAAAGAGAUGAACAGUGCCUUUCUGCGGUAAGCAACAUGAGCUGCAGAUGGAUAGAUUGUUAUGUAACCUUUACCCACCGUGAUGAUCACUCAGUCGUGGGCUUUUGAGGCAACACAGACAGACAGACAGACAGACAGACAGACAGACAGACAGACAGACAGACAGACAGACAGACAGACAGACAGACACACACACACACAAUUAAACUUGGCAUGUCACAUCACAAUGUUGAAGCAGGAUCUCAAGGUGCAGUAUCCUUAGUUUCAUUUGUAAGAUCACAUAGUGUACAGAAGUGUACAGUUGGUCUGAUGGAGGCUUGAAUUGUGUUAGCUUUAGGACCUAUGGUGUACAGAAUGAAAUAAUGAUAUUGGUGUAUGACACAUAUAAACAUCUGCUUAUUCUCCCUCCCCUCUGUAUAGAAAUCAGCACCUAUUGGACACAGUGACACUCCCCCUUGGAAAAGCCUGAAACAUGGCACAGUAAGUUGGAAGGACAUAAUGACUAGGCUGAAAAGUUUUCAAUGAAAACCAGUAGAACAUUUAACAUUAAAUAUUGAGAAAUGUAAAAUGACAUGGGGUUGGACAACUGUGUGUGUGUGUGUGUGUGUGUGUGUGUGUGUGUGUGUGUGUGUGUGUGUGUGUGUGUGUGUGUGUGUGUGUGUGUGUGUGUGUGUGUGUGUGUGUGUGUGUGUGUGUGUGUGUGUGUGUGUGUGUGUGUGUGUGUGUGUGUGUGUGUGUGUGUGUGUGUGUGUGUGUGUGUGUGUGUGUGUGUGUGUGUGUGUGUGAAGCAUCCAGAAGAAGACCAGUAGCAUGUCCUUGACCAUCUCCAGCUCCUCCAGAGCAAUCUCCUCUUCCUCCUCCUCUUCCUCUUCCUCUACCUCGGUCCAGCAGCAGAGACACUCCAGCCUGGUGCAGCCCCUCUGCAUCAGCCCCCAGAGGGUACCUACCUGACACACACACACACACACACACACAUGCACAAACACACACACAGAGACAUACACCCUAUUAUAGCUAUGCUGAUGCUUCGCCCACCACACCUUCACUCACAACAUACAAGAUAAACGUAUUCAUAAUAAAUAUAUAUUUUAUGUCAUUAGUGAAAGUAUUCACACCCCUUGACUUUUUCCACAUUUUGUUGUGUUAGACCCUGAAUUUAAAAUGGAUUAAAUUUAGAUUUUGUGUAACGGAUCUACACACAAUAACCCAUAAUGUCAAAGUGGAAUUUUGUUUUUAGAAUUUUUUAUACAUUAAUAAAAAAUGAUGUGCUGAAAUGUCUUGAGUCAUUAAGUAUUCAACCCCUUUGUUAUGGCAAGCAUAAAUCAGUUCAGGAAUAAAAGUUUGCUUAACAAGUCACAUACGGUUGAAGUCGGAAGUUUACAUACACUUAGGUUGGAGUCAUUAAAACUUGUUUUUCAACCACUACACACAUUUCUUGUUAACAAACUAUAGUUUUGGCAAGUCGGUUAGGACAUCUACUUUGUGCAUGACACAAGUAAUUUUUCCAACAGUUGUUUACAGACAGAUUAUUCAACUUAUAAUUCACUGUAUCACAAUUCCAGUGGUUCAGAUGUUUACAUACACUAAGUUGACUGUGCCUUUAAACAGCUUGGAAAAUUCCAGAAAAGGAUGUCAUGGCUUUAGAAGCUUCUGAUAGGCUAAUUGACAUCAUUUGAGUCAAUUGGAGGUGUACCUGUAGAUGUAUUUCAAGGCCUACCUUCAAACUCAGUGCUUCUUUGCUUGACAUCAUGGGAAAAUCAAAAGAAAUCAGCCAAGACCUCAGGGGGAAAAAUGUAGACCUCCACAAGUCUGGUUCGUCCUUGGGAGCAAUUUCCAAAUGCCUGAAGGUACCACGUUCAUCUGUACAAACAAUAGUACGCAAGUAUAAACACCAUGGGACCAUGCAGCCGUCAUACCGCUCAGGAAGGAGACAUGUUCUGUCUCCUAGAGAUGAACGUACUUCGGUGCGAAAAGUGCAAAUCAAUCCCAGAACAACAGCAAAGGACCUUGUGAAGAUGCUGGAGGAAACAGGUACAAAUUAUCUAUAUCCACAGUAAAACGAGUCCUAUAUCGACAUAACCUGAAAGGCCACUCAGUAAGGAAGAAGCCACUGCUCCAAAACCACCAUAAAAAAGCCAGACUACGGUUUGCAACUGCACAUGGGGACAAAGAUUGUACUUUUUGGAGAAAUGUCCUCUGGUCUGAUAAAACAAAAAUAGAACUGUUUGGUCAUAAUGACCAUCGUUAUGUUUGGAGGAAAAAGGGGAUGCUUGCAAGCCGAAGAACACCAUCCCAACCAUGAAGCACGGGGGUGGCAGCAUCAUGCUGUGGGGGUGCUUUGCUGCAGGAGGGACUUGUGCACUUCACAAAAUAGAUGGCAUCAUGAGGAAGGACAAUUUGGCAAAGAAAGGAACUUUUUGUUCUGAAUACAAUGUGUUGUUAGGGGCAAAUCCAACACUACACAUCACUGAGUACCACUCUUCAUAUUUUCAAGCAUGGUGGUGGCUGCAUCAUGUUAUGGGUAUACUUGUCAUUGGCAAGGACUGGGGAGUUUUUUAGGAUAAAAGGAAACAUAAUACAGCUAAGCACAGGCAAAAUCCUAGAGGAAAACCUGGUUCAGUCUGCUUUCCACCAGACACCGGGAGACAAAUUCACCUUCAGUAGGACAAUAACCUAAAACACAAGGCCAAAUGUACACUAGAGUUGCUUAUCAGGACGACAUUGAAUGUUCCUGAGUGGCCUAGUUACAGUUUUGACUUAAAUUGGCUUGAAAAUCUAUGGCAAGACUUGGAAAUGGCUGUCUAGCAAUGAUCAACAACCAACUUGACAGAGCUUUAAGAAUGUUUAAAAGACUAAUGGGCAAAUAUUGUACAAUCCAGGUGUGCAAAGCUUUUAGAGACUUACCCAGAAAGACUCACAGCUGUAAUCUCUGCCAAAGUUGAUUAUAACUUGUAUUGACUCAGGGGGUGAACUACCUAUCUAAUGAAGAUAUAUUAGUGUUUUAUUUUUCAUAAAAAAUGUAUUGUACAAUCUUAGCAUUUUUCUUCCACUUUGACAUUACAGAGUAUUGUGUGUGGAUCAUUGACAAAAAAUGACAGUCAAAUCAAUUUUAAUCCCACUUUAUAACAAAACAAAAUGUGUAAAAACUCAAGGGAUGUGAAUACUUUGUUAAGGCCCUGUAUAUAAUAUAUACCUUCAACUGCUCCUUGUCAAUAUGUUAUGUACCCACAGACAACACAUUACAGUGUUUAUUUGUGUUUUUGAAUCCAGACACAGAGCCCAUCAUAUCCCCAACAGUAUUCAGGGAGUGGUGGAGUGGCCCCUACUUUUGUCAAGGUAAUACAGGAUACAUCUUUACCCCCAUCUGGUGACUGAAUAUGGAACUAAAGCAUGGAUUUGUCUGGUUUGGAAAUAAAGGUUGAGUCAAAGGUUGAAUUGGACUUGGCCCUACAUACAUUCUAUGAAGGUUCCUUCCUACUUACAUCAGAACUGUGGACAGAGUUAUGAUCAUUGUCAUUCAACACAUGGAUUGACACCUGCUCUAGUUCCUCAUGAUUACGUAGGCAUAUGACAUAGCUUUCCAGUCAGAAGAUGAGAAAGGCCAUUGCCUUAAUUGCUGUCAGAGGUAAAAAUAUAUAUAUAUAAUAAAAAAGUAUUAUAAAUAUAUAUAUGUCAAAAGUGUUCUUGUCAGUUUGUUAAUGAUUGUGCCCUAAACAUGUGGGUACACACUCUUUGUGUAGAGGGCGAGGAGAGGAGAGGAGAGAGGUUAGGAGAGGAGGGGCUUGGUGGUGGUGGUAUGUGAGUCUCAGCAGCCAGCCAGUCACUUUGAUCCAGUUCUCUUCGUGUCCAGUGUCUCCACGAUGUCAGCACGAUCAAGGGUCAGUUGGUGGUUCUAGAGUGCCGUAUUCGUGGAACGCCACCACUGCAGGUUCUGUGGUAUCGCGAGGAAGAGCAGAUAGUGGACUCUGCUGACUUCCGCAUCCUCAGAAAGAGUGAGUGGCAGCAGUGCAUGGUGGCUCCAUCGGGGUUGGGAAAUACACACAGACCAAAAAUUACCUUUGACCCAAUAGGCACACACUGGUUGAAUCAACAUUGUUUCCACGUCAUUUCAAUGAAAUUACAUUGAACCAACAUGGAAUAGACAUUGAAUUGAUGUCUUUGCCCAGUGGGGAGGCACUAAAUAGAAAUUAUCUCUAAACGUUCUCCUUCUUUUUCAGAGGCUACUUCUGCAUCAGUGGCAGGUGAGUGGGAAAUCAUAUCAAAGGCCCACUGUUGGCUAUUGUUGAAGGGCACAUUUACCAGUGUCUUCCAUUAUAAAAUGACAUAACAUUAACAUGAUACAUUGGUGCUGGUAUUGGUGUGCCAUUCUCAUGUGUCCCCUACUCUCCUUCCUUCAUAGAGGAGCUGUGUACCCUUGUCAUCACCGAGGCAUUCCCAGAGGAUUCUGGGAUGUUCAAAUGUAUAGCAGGGAAUCCGUUCGGAACAGUAUCAUGCAACGCCAUACUGGAGGUGUACAUUGGUGAGCAGAGACUCGUUUCAGAACUGGUCAGACACACAAGACUACUUUUGUGCUUUUACUCAGCUUUCUUCAUCUGCUCUAAUCGACAUACAAUCCUGAAAUACAUUCUGACAGUGUGAUGUCUCUGUGUCCAGACCUGGAAGAGCAGAUGGAGAAUGAGCCACGCACGGAUGAGCAGCCCUUAGAGUCUACCAGGCUGGAACCUGAUGAAGUCCCCUCUUUACUGCAAGAAGUAGCAGCGAUUCCCCCUCCAGAGUGGCCCGAGAGCCCAGUCUGCGAGAUUGACCCCCCAUUGGAAGAACAGUGAGUUCAACUAUUCUAAUAUUCUGCAAAAACCCUAAAAUGGAAAGAUGAGGGGCCAGUAUGCUGUUCUGUGAGACAGUAUUAAUUUAUCAAAAUACCUAUCAAUAUGUAAAGUACUUUGGAGAAAUUAACAUAAAUGUAAUCUAUGAAAUGGCAGAGAUGCAGAGGUUCCCACGGGGGGGCAGUAGUAAAAAAAUGCUCUGGAUAAGAGCGUCUGCUGAAUGACUAAAAUGUAAAUGUCAGGAAAAUAUUUCCCUACUGUCAAUUCGAUUCAACUGCCACAAGAGGGGACUAUUUCCUUGUUUUGAAGUUGCAGGUAGGCUGCCAUAGUUUGAAAGGUUUUAUGAUCUAAUUCUCAGUGUCCAUUCAUUAAUUACGGUAAGAGAGUACUCAAUUAAGACAGGUAUUACAGCGCUGCUGAUUGUUUGGUUUGUAGAUGUGUUUGAUUAUCAUCUGAUUGUAAUAACAGGGAGGGGCUUAUUUAGCCUAUUUGUCCUUAAUUUUGAUUGGAAACAAAUGCAAGGAACGCAUUUUAUACCAUGUUAUUAAAUAGCACUAUUAUAGAUGAUUGUGUGUAGGCUAGAGAGGCACACCGAAUGGGGGCGACUGUGACAUGUAAAAUUAAAAUAAAGGCAGGUCAGGUUAUGGUGUCGGAAAUGAGGGGUAGCAGCACAGCCGUGCUCUGAAAUCAGCUGAGAGUCGCGUGCACGUCAUUCUGCAUACUUGACGUGGGGGUACACAAUCUAUACAGACCUUUUGCUCUCCGACUCAAAUCAGAAACAAUCAACUCUCUGUGGUUCAGCCUAUAUUGAAGUUGAAAUAUUGAGACUUUUAGUCUAGUAACUUUUAUCCAGGUAAGCUUAAUGCAUUAUUGUUAGAUUUUUUUAAAUGUUCUUCUAUCACUCAAUUGGUGAUACAUUUGUCACAGGUGCAACUGAUUAUAAAAGUUUGUCUAAUUGAUUUGUUUUUCUAUUUAAAUGUAUAUAUCGAAAUAUGUGUGAGUGUGUAGAAUCUUCUAAUAUGCACUGUGGUCAUUUUCUAAAUGGGUAAAUGCAAAUUGUAUUUUUAAUUGGAUGUUACAGUACUGACAUUUCUGCAUGACAUAUCAGUGACUCAGUGAGUUGGUUAAAUUGUGUUUUUGAAGGUCUGUGGCUGUGCUGUGUAGUGUCAAAGUGAUACCUCUAUAGCAAUUUGUAGUAGGCUAAAGAGUAAUAGUGCUCUGUAGAGACCCCAAGCAUUGUCUAAUGUAUUUAAGUGUGCAUACCAAAGCUAGUCCAAUAUGUACUCUUAAGGAGCCUAAUGUUACCGUUACUCCUUAAGGUCCAAGGACCUUAUACUACAUGACACCCGAACAUCUCAUUCCAAAAUCAUGGGCAUUAAUAUGGAGUUGGUCCCCCCCUUUGCUGCUAUAGCCGCCUCCUGUUUUGGGAAGGCUUUCCACUAGAUGUUGGAACAUUGCUGCAGGGACUUACUUCCAUUCAGCCACAAGCAUUAGUGAGGUCGGGCACUGAUGUUGGGCACUUAGGCCUGGCUCGCAGUCGGCGUUCCAAUUCAUCCCAAAGGUGUUCGAUGGGGUUGAGGUCAGUCUCUGUGCAGGCCAGCCAAGUUCUUCCACACCGAUCUCGACAAACUAUUUCUGUAUGAACCUCGCUUUGUGCACAGGGGCAUUGUCAUGCUGAAACAGGAAAGGGCCUUCCACAAACUGUUGCCACAAAGUUUGAAUCACAGAAUCGUCUAGAAUGUAAUUAUAUGCUGUAGUGUUAAGAUUUCCCUUCACUGGAACAAAGGGGCCUAGCCCGAACGAUGAAAAUCAGCCCCAGACCAUUAUUCCUCCUCCACCAAACUUUACAGUUGGCACUAUACAUUGAGGCAGGUAUCGUUCUCCUAGCAUCCGCCAAACCCAGAUUCAUCGGACUGCCAGAUGGUGAAGCGUGAUUCAUCACUCCAGAUAAUGCGUUUCCACUGCUCCAGAGUCCAAUGGCGGCAAGCUUUACACCACUCCAGCCGACGCUUGGCAUUGUGCAUGGUGAUCUUAGGCUUGUGUGCGGCUGCUCGGUCAUGGAAACCCAUUUCAUGAAGUUCCAGACGAACAGUUAUUGUAAUGACGUUGCUUCCAGAGGCAGUUUGGAACUCGGUAGUGCAACCGAGGACAGACGAUUUUUACGAGCUACACGCUUCUGCACUCAGUGAUCCCGUUCUGUGAGCUUGUGUGGCCUACCACUUUGGGGCUGAGCUGUUGUUGCUCCUAGAUGUUUCCACUUCACAAUAAUGGCACUUACAUUUGACUGGGGCAGCUCUAGCAGGGCAGACAUUUGACGAACUGACUUGUUGGAAAGGUGGCAUCCUAUGAUGGUGCCACGUUGAAAGUCACUGAGUUCUUCAGUAAGACCAUUCCAAUCCCCCAUGUUAUAUAUAUAUAUAACGUCAGGGGAAAAAAGCAUUUGAUCCCCUGCUGAUUUUGUACGUUUGCCCACUGACAAAGAAAUUAUCAGUCUAUAAUUUUAAUGGUAGGUUUAUUUGAACAGUGAGAGACAGAAUUACAACAACAAUAUCCAGAAAAACGCAUGUCAAAAAUGUAAUAAAUUGAUUUGCAUUUUAAUGAGGGAAAUAAGUAUUUGACCCCCUCUCAAUCAGAAAGAUUUCUGGCUCCCAGGUGUCUUUUAUACAGGUAACGAGCUGAGAUUAGGAGCACACUCUUAAAGGGAGUGCUCCUAAUCUCAGCUUGUUACCUGUAUAAAAGACACCUGUCCACAGAAGCAAUCAAUCAGAUUCCAAACUCUCCACCAUGGCCAAGACCAAAGAGCUCUCCAAGGAUGUCAGGGACAAGAUUGUAGACCUACACAAGGCUGGAAUGGGCUACAAGACCAUCGCCAAGCAGCUUGGUGAGACGGUGACAACAGUUGGUGCGAUUAUUCGCAAAUGGAAGAAACACAAAAUAACUGUCAAUCUCCCUCGGCCUGGGGCUCCAUGCAAGAUCUCACCUCGUGGAGUUGCAAUGAUCAUGAGAACGGUGAGGUAUCAGCCCAGAACUACACAGGAGGAUCUUGUCAAUGAUCUCAAGGCAGCUGGGACCAUAGUCACCAAGAAAACAAUUGGUAACACACUACGGCGUGAAGGACUGAAAUCCUGCAGCGCCCGCAAGGUCCCCCUGCUCAAGAAAGCACAUAUACAGGGCCGUCUGAAGUUUGCCAAUGAACAUCUGAAUGAUUCAGAUCUCGCUGUGUUUGGAGGAGGAGGAAUGCUGCCUAUGACCCCAAGAACACCAUCCCCACCGUCAAACAUGGAGGUGGAAACAUUAUGCUUUGGGGGUGUUUUUCUGCUAAGGGGAUAGGACAUCUUCACCGCAUCAAAGGGACGAUGGACGGGGCCAUGUACCAUCAAAUCUUGGGUGAGAACCUCCUUCCCUCAGCCAGGGCAUUGAAAAUGGGUCGUGGAUGGGUAUUCCAGCAUGACAAUGACCCAAAACACACAGCCAAGGCAACAAAGAAGUGGCUCAAGAAGAAGCACAUUAAGGUCCUGGAGUGGCCUAGCCAGUCUCCAGACCUUAAUCCCAUAGAAAAUCUGUGGAGGGAGCUGAAGGUUCGAGUUACCAAACGUCAGCCUCGAAACCUUAAUGACUUGGAGAAGAUCUGCAAAGAGGAGUGGAACAAAAUCCCUCCUGAGAUGUGUGCAAACCUGGUGGCCAACUACAAGAAACGUCUGACCUCUGUGAUUGCCAACAAGGGUUUUGCCACCAAGUACUAACUCAUGUUUUGCAGAGGGGUCAAAUACUUAUUUCCCUCAUUAAAAUGCAAAUCAAUUUAUAACAUUUUUGACAUGCGUUUUUUCUGGAUUCUUUUGUUGUUAUUCUGUCUCUCACUGUUCAAGUAAACCUACCAUUAAAAUUAUAGACUGAUCAUGUCUUUGUCAGUGGGUAAACGUACAAAAUCAGCAGGGGAUCAAAUACUUUUUUCCCCUCACUGUAUAUAUAUAUAUAUAUAUAUAUAUAUAUACAUAUACAUACAUACAUACAUACAUACAUAUCCUUAAAAAAUAUAUAUUCCCCUUUAUUACUUUCCAACCCCGCCACCCUUUCCCUACUUGGAGUAAACUAGUGAACAACAAUGCUUAGCCCUCUACUUCCAGCUUAUACUUACUAUCUACAUUUUAUGGACACAGUCAAUUUUACAAUAAUUAUAUUUUGUUAGUUUUUUUCUCCUGAACAUCUUCUACUCUCAACCUCUCCGAUCAUUUUCAUGAUGUCCAUCCGGUUUGCUUCUAUAUGCCAUAUCUUUCUAACUGUGCUCUUUCACAAAAUACUUAUUAUGGACACAGUAUGCUUACAUUAUUAGUUAUCUUGUUAUUAUUUGUUGUUAGUUAUUAGUUCUACUGCCAAUGUUUGUCUCUGGAGAUCGCAUAGCUGUGUGCUCGAUUUUAUACACCUGUCAGCAACGGGUGUGGCUGAAAUAGCCAAAUCCACUAAUUUGUGUCCACAUACUUUUGAAUAUAUAGUGUAUGUUAUUUUCAAAGGUAGACUGGCUCUGGCAGCCAAAUACUCUAUCUAAACGUGAAUUGAUUCUUAAUUGCGAUACGGUUCUAGAAACAGAAAGCCCUUUAUUUUCAUAUCACAUCAAAAUAAUUUCACAAAUGCAAAAUACACACUUAUUUUAACCGGUUUUAUCACAGUUGCAGCCGACAGUAUUUUUCAGUGACAUGUUUCUGGCAGCCUUCCUUUACACACAGGUGUUCAGAGCAUGCUAAUUAGCACAGGUGGUCCCUCUUCGGUAAACACGCACUGUAACUUGGAGAUAUGGCAGUGUGGGAACACUAACCAUAUAAAGGUGUGUAUCAAUUUACCGUUUUAGUUUUUUGAAAUGUGUUUUUCUGAUAUGAAAAAUAAGGUCCUUAUGCUUCCAAAACCAUACUGCAAGCCAUGAGUGUUAAUGUUCAGACCCAGGCUUUUAACAAAAAUCCCCCGUACAGAAGACGCCUUAGUCCAAUGACUCUUAUGUGUAAUGGAACAGAGUCGUGAUCGAGGGCUAACCAAAGUGUACAAGGCACUUGGUGCUGCUCCUUAGUGAAUGUGGAAUUUGAUUCCUUAGUAAAUUCUUUUAGAAAUGUGUUUUAAAGCCUGAGUGAGUUGUGGUUUGAGUUAAGGCUAUUCUCACAUUUCUGUUAGUUUGGAUAUGCUAGGAAUACUUGAAUACCCUCCUAGUUUAUAGCAAGGGCACAUUGUGUUAGUGGUGUAGUUGGUUCACUAAGCUAUAAAUCCCCAAAUAUACUGUAUUGACUCUAGCCUUUUCCCUAAGAUUCUGAGAGUAAAUUUAGCUGAGACUAUGUUGAUCUGUGAUUAGGUUUGCAUUAUGUCCACAAAAAAUAAAAAAUAAAAAUAACAGUCCGCUCUUCUACAUUGGACUCGCUACCUGUCCUAUCAAUCAACAUAACUCUCACUCUUUACUUUAUUGAUUCCCCUCAAAAUGGAAAGAAUUUGAAUGUCAGUGAGGGAGAUCCCUUUUUCCACAAGAGGAAAACUGGCUGCUUUCCAGGCAGUCACACAAAGCUCUGAAAGGACCAGAGCACUCAAUAGCAUAUUCCAGUGUCCCCUUUCUGUUAGAUCACAGUCAUACCAUUCCACUGUUCCCAAAGGGGAGGGAGGGCUUAUUCAGUUGGAACUAUUAGAGUUUCAGAUCAUGUGCAGUCUGCAGAGCUGGUAAGACUUGUUAUUCUACAAGUCAGACAAUCAAAUCUGUUUGAUUAUGUAUUUCUUUCUGAAUUGUCUUUAGCAUUGUGAGUAGAAAUUAGUAGUAUGGGUUAGACCCUGCGUGAAUCUGUUGACGGUGGUUGGGAUUUGAAAUGCUCGUCACAGUAUUGGCCGAGGGUGUCGGGGUUAGCUAUAAAUUAACUGCACCUGCCAGCUAAUGUCAGUCAACACUACAGGCUCCUGAUUUAGCCCCUCAAACUUUAAUAGCUACAUACGGCAACGUGUGUCCGCUACUCUUGUAGGUCAUGUGGACAGUGUUUGUGUUCAAGUAAUUUUUCCUUUCAGUGAGUAAGGCAAGCCAAAACAUACAGCACAUUAAACUUUUUAUGGUGAAUUUACUCAGACUAUUUACUAUGCAAAAAGGGGCACUCAACAUGCAUGGAUCCACCUUCAAGGCUGAGCAUGGGUAUAACAAUUUUACUGUAGGAAGGAAUGUUGUUUCUAUGGUCACCAUUUAUCCAGUUGACUUGAGUAAUGCAAAUUUAAGUUACCAAAGUGUUUUUCCUUGCAGGUCUCUAGAGCCUGCACUGCAGCCACCUAGUAAAACCCUAGAGGAGCCGUUCAGUCCGAGUGAAAAGAGGAUUCACUGCUCAGAGGGCCAGAGGUCACCUGAAGCCCGCACGCCCACCCCACCCCCGCCGGCUGUGGAAAGAAAAACUACCCCCAAACUGUUCACUCCCAGCAAGCCCAGCUUCCAGAACUCAGGAGACUCUGGAGGCAGCAGUAUGAGCAGCAGUGUGGCCGACCUGCCCACCUUCACCCCGAGCCUCUUUGCCCCCAGCGCCUUCAACUAUGCACGGCCACGCCAGUUUAUCCAGUCCCAGCCGGCCUUCCAGGCCCCCAGCUACGACGUCGCCCAGGCUCUGCCUCAGCCCAACGGGAACAGUAGCAAGGCCUCUCCCUCCUCCUCCAAUCUGAGCUCCCCCAUUUCCACCCCUGCAUUCUCACAGCCGACGGUUUUCCCCCGUGACCCUCCUCCUCACUCCGCUGCUGCCCAGCCCAUGUCCUCCUCCCGCGCCCCCAUGCGCUCCACUAUCACCCUCACCCCCAGGGUCCCCAGUGCUAACACCAGUGUCAGUGUCCCAGCCCCAUCUGAGCCCAAGCCCCAGUCCUCUUCGGCUGCCUUCCUCUGCUCUGUCCUGCCCUCUCAGUCCACCCCACAGUACAAGCCUGCUCCCAUGUCUGUUCCCCAGCCUCUAUCACCAGCUCGCUCCCCACACUCCUCCAACCCUCCCAGCCCCCUGCCCAAGGCCCGCUCUGAUGCCCCCCUGCACAUGGCUCUCCCUACUCACAGCCUGCCUAUGAGUCAGUCUCCCCACUCCCUAACUCCCACCACAGUUUCCAUGCCACAGCCCUCCUUUCCUCCUCCCUCAUGCGUGUCUCUGCCUCUUAGCUACGGAGGGACCCCAAACAUGUGAGUUUCUGUAUUUUGAAACUGUGAAUAAUAUGUCUAAAUCAGCUAGUAUGUAAUAGCCAUUCACCAUACACUGAGUAUACCAAUAAUUAGGACCCCCCCAUUAGGAACUCUACAAGAUGUCGAAAGCGUUCCACAGGGAUGCUGGCCCAUGUUGACUCCAAUGCUUCCCACAGUUGUCAAAUUUGCUGGAUGUCCUUUGGGUGGUGGACCAUUCUUGAUACACACAGGGAACAGUUGAGUGUGAAAAACCCAGCAGCUUUGCAGUUCUUGGCACAAACUACCAUACCCGUUCAAAGGCACUUAAAUCUUUUGUCUUGCCCAUUCACCCUCUGAAUGGCACACACAAACAAUCCAUGUCUCAAGGUUUAAAAAUACUUAUUUAACCUGUCUCCUCCCCUUCAUCUACACUGAUUUGAGGUGGAUUUAACAAGUUACAACAAUAAGGGAUCAUAGCUUUCACCUGGUCAGUCGAUGUCCUGGAAAGAGCAAGUGUUCUUAAUGUUUUGUACACUCAUUAAUGGUCGAUUAAUAUUCUGGCUGUCUUUCCCUCUCCAGACUUCCCAAACUCAUCCUGAAGAAGGCCCCUGUCCCUCAGCCAGUGUCCCACAACUCGGAUGAGCAGAUCCAGGGUUCCAAGGACGCCCUGAUCCAGGAUCUGGAGAAGAAGCUACGCACCAAAGAGGCCCGCAGGAGAAAUAGCCAGGUAUCCAUUAUAAUGAACUGACCCGGAGUCAGUGGGCAGCGAUGUGUUUGUCAUUUUUGUGUGGAUAUACUGUAUGUACGGAUGUGGAUACAGAAAUGUAUAAUAUACUGUAUGUUGUGAUGUGAGUUAAGACAGAUGUUAUAAUCUAAAUGUUGUCUUAGUUUAUUCCCAAACCACAUUAAAUAAGUGCUUUUUUACAACUGCUUGUUUACUCCAAUACCACAUGAAUGCUGUACAAGAAAAUGUGGUUCCCAUUUUGAUUUGAACCCAUACAUCAUCAGCCAUUUGAUAUCACAAUGUGGCAACUAUGCAAGAGGGAAAUAUGGAUUCAUAAUGUGUCAUCCCCUUGUAGCCUCAAGGACAUGCAAUAUUCUUGAUGCCAUGUGCAUCAAGAGUGAUUCUGAACUUUGAAUAGAUGGCUUCAGUAGAACCCAACUUCCAAUUAAUAGAGGCUUCAGUGGAAUCACUGGGACUUAGUGGACCAGUGUACUAUGAUCAACACACGGCAGCUGUUGUGUUGAAGUAGACCCAAUAACAUUGGAGGCUGCUCUAUGGACAGACCUACUGGCACAGCCGGUCCCAAUUCACUCCCUACCCCUUCCACCUUAUCCAUAAACCUUCGAUGUUUGCAGUUCUGAAUAGAUAUAGCAGUUCAGUGUUGGAGCUUCCAUCAUAUUGCUUCCAAUGAGUAAGUUGGGACCAUAGACUUAGAUGGACAACUCAUCUUUGUAUAUGUCCCAUUAUGGCAUCUAUGAGAGCACAGACAGUGCCAUUAAGGCCAUCUCCAUUUUGAAGUAGUACAUUUUCUUCCUCUACUACGUCUAUGAGUUUGUAAACAAACGGAAAGGGUGCAUACUACCACCUGGAGUGUGGUGUUUGAACAGGUAUAAAGCCAAGGUUGGUGAUUUACUGCCACCUGCAGUUAUGGAAUGUUUUCUCACAAGUAUAAUUCAUUGGCUGAUCCCUCCUGAUGACCUGGAUGGAAUUAUGUGAUCCUUCCUUAACCUAUAGGAUUUCACACCGAAUUGAGUACUUCAAAAUGGUGAAAGUUCUCAAUGGUGUUUCCCAUGCUAAAACAGGCUUUUGGGCACGAGUUGUCUAUCUAAGUCUAUGAUUGGGGCUUACUGGCCCGCUGCAGUAUACUGGCUCACCAUUGGCUGGUUUACGGGUACUAUAUAGUAUACUGGUGUAACCGGAGGGAUUUGAACCCGGGUCUCCCACGGGAGAAACCAAGGUCUUGACCUUUAGAACAAGAGGAAAUUCCCUGUUUGGCCGACACUGACUUUGAAGUCUUAGUCGGGGCUACCUCAUUAUGUCCGCUACACUGGCUGGCUAUUGGCUGGUUUACUGGUACUAAACAUAAUACUGGCUCACCAUUGGCUAGUUUAAUGGUACUAGUAUACUGGCUGACCAUUGGCUGGUUUCCUGUUUGUCCCCUGACAGAAGUUGUCAUAUGAGGAGCGCAUGGCUCGACGGUUGCUGGGUCCAGAUAACGCUGCCUCUGUCUUUGACUUUGAGAAUUCCUCCGACUCACAACUCGACCAGGUAUAAUCUACUCAUAUCCCUUCUAUAUCAUCUAUUACAGCCCAUUUGAUUUGCAGGAAGUUCUUUUUAGGAGGUACAAUACACUUAGCUCAAGUCAUUGUAUUUCAAGGAUCCAUGCUUUUGCCAUGUUACUGUAUGUCUUUGAUGUUCUGCUAAUACAGAGCAUAAGUUUGUCAGGCUUGGAGCCGCUGUUACUAAUACUAUGUGAGGUUUAGAUGGGAUGUUCCCUGUACUGUGUGUGACUAGUCCCCUGUCAUUGUCCAUCAGCCCUCAAUCCUCCUCACACAAUGGGAUUGGGCUCCGGCUCUGUUGUCCUCAUCAGUCACAAGAGAUAACACCACAGCCAAUCCACAGCCCUCUUCUAAGAAUGCUGCUAGAAAUAGCAGGUGUGAAGACUGUGCCAAAGCAGCAUUCUCCCAGGGAUAUGUAGUGUAGGAUGCCAGAAAGAGACCACACACAAUGGUACAACACGUGUGUCCACAGCACAGGCUUAGCCCCUAGCCCCCUACACUAUUCCAUUUACAUUUUACAUUUUAGUCAUUUAGCAGACGCUCUUAUCCAGAGCGACUUACAGGAGCAAUUAGGGUUAAGUGCCUUGCUUAAGGGCACAUCGACAGAUUUUUCACCUAGUCGGCUCGGGGAUUAGAACCAGCGACCUUUCGGUUACUGGCACAACGCUCUUACCCACUAAGCUACCUGCCCCCCCAUCCAGCCACCCCUAUUGCCCUAGGCUCCUGAGUGGAUCAGCGGUCUAAGGCACUGCAUCGCAGUGCUAGAGGCGUCACUACAAAUCCGGGUUCGAUCCCGGGCUGUAUCACAACCGGCCGUGAUCGGGAGUCCCAUAGGGCGGCGCACAAUUGGCCUAGCGUCAUCCGGGUUAUGGGAGGGUUUGGCCGGGGGGGGCUUUACUUGGCUUAUCACGCUCUAGCGACUCCUUGUGGCGGGCCGGGUGCCUGCAGGCUGACUUCGGUCGUCAGGUGAACAGUGUUUCCUCCAACACAUUGGUGCGGCUGGCUUCCGGGUUAAGCAGGCGGGUGUUAAGAAGCGCGGUUUGGCGGGGUCAUGUUUCGGAGGACGCAUGACUCGACCUUCACCUCCCGAGCACGUUGGGGAGUUGCAGCGAUGAGACAAGAUUGAAAAAGGGGGUAAAAUACAAAAAAAUAAAAACAAUGGGUGAGCUUUAGUGUUGGCUAGUGUACAGGCAGUGAUGAAUCACUCUAUAUACAGUAUGUGAAUGCUUUUACACAUGGCAAAAUUGUAAUUCCCAAAUCUCUCUGUCCUCUAUCUUGCAGCGAGAAUCACCAGAGGGACGUAACACCGGAGGAAUAUGGUACAUUUCACCAACGGUCGGCAAAAGCAUGUGCAUACAUUUAUAAUGCUUGACAUUUUUGUAAUUUGGCAGACGCUCUUAUCCAGAGCGACUUACAAUAGUGCAUUCAUCUUAAAGGAGUAGUUCACUAUUUUACAACUUGACGUUAGAUGGUUCCUCGCCCUGAAAGUAGUCUAUGGGCCAGGAGAAACUGUAAUCCUGGUUCAGUUUUCUUUAAACCGCCACUACAAACUUUAGCUAACCUUAGCCACUGCAACCAAUCCACCGCAAUUAAUGGAAGUGAUGUGGGCAUGUUUUUUUCUUUUUUUAUGGCCAAAUCACCUUUAAGUAACAUCAAACCAAAUAUCGAGUUGAUUUGAAUUGAUUUCGGGUGAUUUGGACAUAAUUUUUUUAAAAACAUGACCCGAUCAAUUCCAUUGAUUGUUAGCUUGUGGUGGCAAAGGUUAGCUGAAGUUUGUAGUGGAUGUUUAAAGAACUGAAUCAUGGAUUACAGUUUCUCUUGGCCCAUAGACUACUUUCAGGGUGAGGAACCGUCUAACAUCAAGUUGUAAAAUAGUGAACUACUCCUUUAAGAUAUCUAGGUGACAUAUUUAAAAUACUUAUUUAAGAGGUAGGGUUUCAGACCUUUUCGAAAGAUGGGCAGGGACUCUGCUGUCCUGACUUUAGGUGGACGCUUGUUCCACAGAGAAGAGCUUUGACUGGUCUGAGCGGGAGCUUCCCCUGAGCGGGAGGGCAAAGAGACCAGAGGUGGCAGAAAGGAGUGCUCGGGUUGGGGUGUUGGGUUUGAGCAUAGCCUGACCCAUAGGCAAGCACCAGAGUCUUGAAGAUGAUGUGAGCUUCGACUGGAAGCCAGUGGAGUGUGCGGCGGCGAGGGGUGACCUGGGAGAACUUGGGAAUGUUGAACACCAAAAUAGUUUUGCUUGUACCGAAUGUGUACCGCAUUACAUAAUAAAGCCAUAGAUGAGGAGACCAGAAAGAGGGGCAGAGUGCUCCACGUGAGGGUGAAUGAGACCUGAGGCUUGGGGCUGGGUAGCGGGUUGUCUGAUCCAGGUUGAGUUUCCUGGCGCUGCCGUGUGUUUGUGUACCGUUUCCACUGCCUACCACAGGCUCCGGUUCCCCCCGGCCAUGCUGUAAGCGAGACAAUAAUAGACCAUGUACUGAGUGAGCUGACAUGUCUCCCAGUCUCUAUGGCUAUGAUGUCUUCCUUACUGAUGUUUCCUGGGAUUGCCUUGUCUUCCCAUUAUGAUGCACAGUCGGAAGGUGAAGGGCACAUGCUGUGCUACAUGAAGUGAGUUGGCUUAGAAUCCAUGUUGGCCAUUUGUUUAUGUCAAUGUUAAUGGGGUUUUCUGUACCGACGGUCAGCAUGAAUGGAGAUGCAGCAUUUGACGCUGUUGUCAAUUAAUUCAAUUUGCUCUGUGAACCUGAAAAGACGAGAAGAGCAAGCUCUUUUGUCUGCAUGGAAACUCACUCAUUCGAAGUCAGCCAUCGGAGCAGCUAUGAAUGAGAGCUCCUCUGUUCCUACCCCCUCCCUCUUCCUCUCUCACGUUCUCCUCACUAUCACUUUCUCCACACUCUUUUCUAGGGGAAAGCACCACUCUGGUACUGAUGGCAACGAGGGCUCGGCCAUCCAGGAGAAGUGCUACGCCCCCCGCUUCAUCCAGGUCCCCCAGGACCUUACAGUGGAGGAGGGCAGGUUCUGCAGGAUCGACUUCAAGGUACAGCACUGGAUAAGCAGUAAUCGGUUUAGUCAUGCAUGUUAAUCAAAUACAUUAUGUACAGUGCCUUGCAAAAGUAUCCAUCCCCCUUGGCAUUUUUCCUAUUUUGUUGCAUUACAACCUGUAAUUUAAAUGGAUGUGUAUUUGGAUUUCAUGUAAAGUGAAAUGAAAGAAAUUACUUAUAAAAAAUAAAUAACGGAAAAGUGGUGUGUGCAUAUGUAUUCACCCCCUUUGCUAUUAAGCCCCUAAAUAAUAUCUUGUUCAACCAAUUACCUUCAGAACUAACAUAAGUAGUUAAAUAAAGUCCACCUGUGUGCAAUCUAAGUGUCACAUGAUCUCAGAAUAUAUACACCUGUUCUGAAAGGCCCCAGAGUCUGCAACACCACUAAGCAAGGGGCACCACCAAGCAAGCGGCACCAUGAAGACCAAGGAGCUCUCCAAACAGCUCAGGGACAAAGUUGUUGAGAAAUACAGAUCAGGGUUGGGUUAUAAAAAAAUAUCCGAAACGUUGAACAUCCCACGGAGCACCAUUUAAAUCCAUUAUUCAAAAAUGGAAAGAAUAUGGCACCACGACAAACAUGUAAAGAGAGGGCCGCCCACCAAAACUCACGGACCAGGCAAGGAGGGCAUUAAUCAGAGCGGCAACAAAGAGACCAAAGAUAACCCUGAAGGAGCUGCAAAGCUCCACAGCGGAGAUUGGAGUAUCUAUCCAUAGGACCACUUUAAGUCGUACACUCAACAGAGCUGGGCUUUACGGAAGAGUGGCCAGAAAAAAGCCAUUGCUUAAAGAAAAAAAGAAGCAAACACGUUGGUGUUCGCCAAAAGCCAUGUGGAAGACUCCCAAAACAUAUAUGGAAGAAGGUACUCUGGUCAGAUGAGACUAAAAUUGAACUUUUUGGCCAUCAAGGAAAACGCUAUGUCUGGCGCAAACCCAACACCUCAUCACCCCGAGAACACCAUCCAUCUUUCAUUGGCAGGGACUGGGAAACAGGUCAGAAUUUGAAGGAAUGAUGGAUGGCGCUAAAUACAGGGAAAUUCUUGAGGGGAAACCUGUUUCAGUCUUCCAGAGAUUUGAGACUGGGACGGAGGUUCACCUUCCAGCAGGACAAUGACCCUAAGCAUACUGCUAAAGCAACACUCAAGUGGUUUAAGGGGAAACAUUUAAAAUGUAUUGGAAUGGCCUAGUCAAAGGCCAGACCUCAAUCCAAUUGAGAAUCUGUGGUAUGACUUAAAGAUUGCUGUACAGCAGGGGAACCCAUCCAACUUGAAGGAGCUGGAGCAGUUUUGCCUUGAAGAAUGGGCAAAUAUCCCAGUGGCUAGAUGUGCCAAGCUUAUAGAGACACACCCCAAGAGACUUGCAGCUGUAAUUGCUGCAAAAGGUGGCUCUACAAAGUGUUGACUUUUGGGGGGGGCGAAUAGUUAUUCACGCUCAAGUUUUCUGUUUCUUUGUCUUAUUUCUUGUUUGUUUCACAAUAAAAAAUAUUUUGCAUCUUCAAAGUGGUAGGCAUGUUGUGGAAAUCAAAUGAUACAAACCCCCCCAAAAAUCCAUUUUAAUUCCAGGUUGUAAGGCAACAAAAUAGGAAAAAUGCCAAGGGGGGUGAAUACUUUCGCAAGCCACUGUAGCUAGCAUUCAACAUUUACAGCUGGGAUCCAUUUCCUAUGUAGGAACUUAUUGCUAAGGUAUCUUCUGUAAAGACCUCGUUAAACUUUGACACGGACUCAUGCAACAAUUUAUUCAAGUGUAUUGUAAUUAAAGCCUCUGGAGUCCAAACAUGAAACCCAAUAUCACAUCUGGACAGAAUAACCAGGUUGUUAAAAGCUACCUUGUACUCUCCUCCCCCCUCAUCCACUUCCUCCUCUGAGCUAUCACACCCCUACUCAGGGUCCCUGCACUAAGCCCCCUAUGACCUCCUAGUCCACACUCUACCUGGGUCACUCGCUCAUCAAGGCUGUGUCCAGGGUUGUAUUUAUUAGCACACACUGUAGGAAAACAUAUUGCAACAAAUUGUUUCCAUUUUCUUCUGUUUGUUGGACAAAUACACCCCUGGCUGUGUCCUCAGGUGGGAGGUUUGCCCACCCCAGACGUGGCCUGGUACCUGGACGGGAAGGCCAUUCGCCCGGAUGACUACCACAAGAUGCUGGUGUGUGAGAAGGGCAUGCACUCCUUCAUCAUUGAGAUCGUUACUGUGCACCAUGCCGGUGUCUACGAGUGUAUUGCCAGGAACCGCGCUGGGGAGAACCGCUUCUCCAUAAAACUGGAGGUUAUCGGUAAGGGCUAUUUUGACUACUGUAUUCUGUCAAAUAAUCUCUUAGCAAUGAUGCUCUAACACUGCUUCACCCCCUCUCCUCUUCAGCUCAGGAGGUGCUUCGCCCCCCCACCUUUGUCCAGAAGAUGAUGAACUCUCGUGCCCUGGAGGGAGACACAGUGAGGUUAGAGUGUAAGGUGGCUGCCUCCCCUCCACCAAAGCUCUUCUGGAAGAAGGACAAAGAAAUGAUGCGCAUUGACCCCACCAGGAUGAGGUGGGUGGAGCUUCAAUUCCAAGUUUGAAUCCUCUCCGAAGGAGAAAUACUCACAGUAGAGAUUGUAAUUUCUGUUAGCUGACUUGAAUCUAGCUGAACUGUGUUUGUUAAUCAGCUGAUUUAGCUUUGCUAGUUAAGGUGAACCUCUGUUAGCUAUAAGUGAGAGGUAUUAGCUGUGAGCGGGGCCGUUGAUUCCAUAAGGGAGUAACCCAGGCCUGGUGUGUCUUCCAGCCUUUACCAGGAUGGCACUGGAAGUCAGUGCCUGCUCAUUGAGAGGCUGGUAAAAUCUGAUGCAGGCUGGUACACCCUGUCUGCCAUCAACGAGGCCGGCAUGUCUACCUGCAACGCCAGACUGGACGUAGGAAGUAAGUGGACCGUUUGUGCGCAUGUGUGUGUGUCUGUGCUUAUCACACCACACAGUGUUUAGUUAAGAGAUCUAAUUGGCUGAUCCCUGUCCAUUACCUAUUACUGUAUGUGUUUCAAGAAUUAAACUCAUAAACACCACAUAAAUGCUGUGCCCAUCAACCUCCUGUGGCCCUUCACAGCUAAUAGUGUGCUGACAUCUGCACUAGUGGGACAAAGGCAGGGAUUACCACACUGUUACAUCAGAGAGACAGACAACGCUGUAACCUUGCACUCAGAAUGUCCGCUAUGACAGGGCAUUGAAAUGUCAACGGCAUACUACACUACUGUACUAUACACAGUGGUGGGAGAAGUACCCAACUGUCAAGUAAAAGUAAAGAUAAUAGAAAAUGAAAAGUGAGUCACCCAGUAAAAUACUACUUGUGUAAAAGUCAAAAAAUAUUUGGUUUUAAAUAUGCUUAAGUAUCAAAUUUAAAUGUAAUUGUUAAAAUAUAGUUAAGUAUCAAAAGUAAAAGUAUAAAUCAUUUCAAAUUCCUUAUAUUAAGCAAACCAGAGAGCAGUGUUUUUUAUUUAUUUAGGGAUCGCCAUGGGCACACCGACACUCACAAAUUAAGCAUUUGUGUUUAGUGAUUCCGCCAGAUCGGAGGCAGUAGGGAUGACCAGGGAUGUACUCUUGAUAAAUGUGUGAAUUGGACCAUUUUCCUGUCCUGCUAAGCAUUCAAAAUGUAAUGAGUACUUUUGGGUGUCAAGGAAAAUGUAUGAAGUAAAAAGUACAUUAUUUUCAUUUGGAAUGUAGUGAAGUAAAAGUUGUCAAACAUAAAUGGUAAAGUACAGAUGCAACUUAAGUAGUACUUUAAAUUAUUUUUACUUAAGUACUUUACACCACUAAAUGACCAGUGUUGUACUGUAGCAGCAACGGGAAAUGGUCUGUUACUCAAUAUUUGUAGUACUUUCUGCUGUUACAAUGGAGAGGGACCAAUUUCCUGUCAUUUCUCCCGCCGUCCUGCAAAUACAGUAGUUGUAUCAUUACAAGGCUAGGAAAAUGAGGGGCCGCUGUAUUCAUUGUGCCUGGCUGGCUAUUACAUUUCUCCUCGAUCACAUAACAUGCCAUCUGUUACACGGACCGAGAGCAGCCAUAUUGAGUUUUACCUCUAUUCAGCCUAGCUAGCUGAAGAAGUAAAGUCUGCAAUUGAUCGGUGAGAGAGAGUGCAUAUACUUGCUCUGUCCUCUCAGCGCAGGGUUACUAAAUGGAAAAACUGACUCUUCUUUAUUCGUAUGAUUGUCUCAUCGCGACGAUAUCAGGCCCCAACUGUGCAACACAAUUUAGCCGGGCACUCUGCUGGCCACAAGGAAAGCUUGUCUUUCGACCCCCAAGGUUUGAACCUGUAACUGGAGAUGGUGCUUAAUACAGAAGAGAGGGCAGCGACGCCAUGCUCACAGCACAGGCAUGCCUCAAUGGCUCUUGUACAAGCCAUAAUACCAGAGCAGUGUAGCUUUUGGAGUUCUUUUAGGAAAAUCUCUUAGGAUAGCAGCACAUUCUUCCUGUAGAUGAGGUCCAAACAUUUCUGAUGGUUUUAAAAGAAAAGGUUGGUAAUAUUUACAUUGACCGGCUUUAUUUUCAUUUAGUUUUAUUACCUGGCUCAAACGCAACAUAUUAUUAUUAUUAUUAUUAUUGCAUUAGAGGUUCAAGGAGACUUUUCUGAAUAUAUCUUGACCUUUUUGUAUUCCAUUCUGUUUACUCCUCUCUCUGCAGCUCGCACCAACAAGACUGCCCCCCCUACAGGCAAGCAUUUUAAAGUCCCCCUCCUCAGCCAUCUCCCUGUCCUGACUCCAGACCCCACCCCCCAGAACACGGCCCCCCUGUACGAGAGCGAGGAGCUCUAGACAACACGACACCAGCAGUGUAAUACCCGUGGAUGUGUGUUGUGCUCCUUGUUAUACCUGCCUGUCUGUCCGUCCACUGAGGCUGUCCUGUUGUCUGUCUUGGGGAGGAAACCAAUCGAGGUUUUGAGGAAGCAGGUAGAUGGACUCUCACAUUUUACCCACACUGUCUCAAUCCAGGACACCUCACCAGACCCCGCAUUUGUCAAAUGCACUUUAGUUUGAGCCCUUACGAUUUUGUGUCAAGGGCAGGCUGGUCAGAUGUGGCUUUCCCAACCGCACAUCCUCUUAGUGUGGCGUUGCCUUCCUGGCCAGAGCACUUGACUUGACACAGACCUUUUGUCAAAUGCUGUCCUGUUGUUUGCUGUUCUAGCGGAUAGAGAAUGAAUCAUGUAUCGUCUCCAGACAUGUUACUAUGUUUGUGUAGGUCAAAUGGUUUUAUUAUAUAAGCUAUUUAUUGGACAAUUAGUUCUAAAUGUAAAUGGUUGCCGUAACACCCAAAUUUACUACAACAAGGUCUAAUCCUGACCAUAGAAAAACAUUUGUGUUAUGUAACGUGUAUGAUGUGAAAUUGAAUGGAUGUGUAAUAAAGUUUUCCUGACCUUA